ACUGAGAAUGCAUAGAAGAAGAAAAUGCAACCAUUGGCACAAAAGAAACUGGACUUUGAAAAGUUAUGUGCGGCUGGGGUCAGCGUUUACCAACUGGAGGCUCUUGAAGAAUGGGAACAGAUUGCAGCUUCAGCAUUUGAGAACUUCGAGCAGGAAGGGCAUAGAAUCAUAUCCGUCCAAGAACUAGCCGGGGAGAUGACUCUGGCACCAAAUGCAUAUCCUCUGCUCAAGGAUUGGAUCUGGAGUUUGGAUGGAAAGCUUAGUUUCUUGCAUGGUGUGAUCGUACGAAGCUCGAGCUCAAGACCUAGGUGACACAUCGGCAUGGGAACAUUCUUCUAACGUGUGAAUCAAUUCUUGAUAAGCAUCGAAAACGACUUAGUCGUAAUCAAGAUAUUGGGUUUAAAUGUACAACAUAUACUGGAAGAAAAAAAAAUCUAUAUAUAUAGUGGAAAUGGAGCUAGGUACGUCAUUUGUAAAUAAUUCUUUGAGCAGUUUGUCUUUAGACGAACCAAACCCCUAAAAGAAAAAGAAACAAACAGGGAAAAUAUAUCAUACAUGAGAUGACUAACUUUGUUUGAAAUAA